AUGUUUCAAAGUUGUCUGAGUGGUUUUUAAGUAAAGAAAUCCACGUUUUUUGUUUUUUGAAUACUGCGAAUGCAGCCGGCUGUCGUUCUUAUCCGCGCCGUCAGGACCCCUGGUGACCUCCGAACUCCGGAAGUGGACUGCCCGCUUAUAUGCCUGAACGAACAGUUAGCUUAGCUGAGUUGUGUCAUUUGACCCGGGUUAGCCUUAAAGAAAACCGUGUCCAUGUGACAUGCAGGCCCUGACAGCAGUGAGGAUAUCAGACGGUGUUGAAUCUGCGGCUGCAGCGAAGGGGAAGCGUUCCCAAUGAGGUGCAGAGGGGCUCAGGUGUGCGUCUGGGCUCGAGGCUCGUGCCGUCCGACCCGCCUCUCCCAGCCCGGCGGGUUCUCUCCGGUCCGAACCUACAGCGCUCAGACCCCGCCCGCCCCCCCGCCGCCGCCGCCCACUGACCCCGCCCCUCCCGAUGGGAAGGGCGGAGCCGCGGUGGUGAAGGAGCGCGCCCUGGCCACGCUGCAGCACGCCGGGCAGCUCGGCCAGCGCUGGGGUCAGAGGUCGGCCCGGGCGGCCACCGCCACGGCCGACCUCUGGUGGGGGAGGUACGAGGAGUUCGUCGGGCUCAACGAGGUCCGAGGGGCUCAGUCCCAGGUCACUGAGGCCGAGGCGGCCUUCAUGGUCUCCAGGGCGAUGGUGCGUGAGGCCCACGGCGGCCUGGAGGCCCUGCAGCUCCGGCUGAAGGAGGUCCGGGACCGGCUGGACCGGGUCUCCCGGGAGGAGGCGCACUACCUGGAGCUCGCCACGCUGGAGCACAAGCUGCUGCAGGAGGAGCGUCGGCUCCGCACGGCGUACGAGAACGCCGAGGGCUCCGAGCGGGAGAAGUUCGCCCUGUUUUCGGCCGGCGUCCGCGAGAGCCACGAGAAGGAGCGCGCGAGGGCGGAGCGCACCAAGAACUGGUCGCUGGUGGGCUCGGUGCUGGGGGCCCUCAUCGGGGUCCUGGGCUCCACCUACAUCAACCGGGUCCGCCUGCAGGAGCUGAAGAGUCUCCUGCUGAAGGCCCAGAAGGGCCCCGAGAGCCUCCAGGAGGCCCUGCAGGUCCAGGCCGGGGACCACCGGGCCCAGCAGGGCGAGCUGCGGGCGCUCAUCGACGGCCUCGGGGCCGCCCUCGCGCAGAGGGGCGUCGGCCUCCGGGACGCGAGGGCGGCCCCGCCCCCCACGUGGCCCCUGGAGGCCCUGAAGGACCUGCAGGUGGGCAACAAGAAGACGGAGUCCAUUCUGGAGACCCUCCGGCCACAAGUGGGUCACCUGGGGGAGGGACUCGGUCGGGUGGAGGCGGAGCUACAGGCGGUGAGGAGGCUGAUGGAGACGCAGGUGGCCCGGCUGCAGGAGGCCCGGCUGCAGGAGGCCCGGCUGCAGGAGGCCCGGCUGCAGGAGGCCCGGUUGCAGGAGGCCCGGCUGCAGGAGGCCCGGCUGCAGGAGGCGGCCCCGGUGAGACCGGUAGGUCCAGAGCGAGGGGACCAAUGGGAGCCGGCGGCGGCGGCGAGGCGCCUGGAGGCGUCCCAGAGGACGCUGGGGGAGCAAAUCAGGACCAACACUCUCUACAACGCGGCGUUCGCCUACAGCGCCGCCGCCGUCACCGUGUCCGCCGUCUACCUGCUGACCAGAGGAACCGGCUGAGACCGGUUUGGGGCCCAGAACACGACGUCCACCGGGUUUCUGUAAUAAAGGAUCCGACUCUGGUCUCGAGAUAAACAUCAAA